GCGACAGCAUGGAUAAGCCAGCUUCGUGACGCAACAGAACACAACCUGGGAGAUGUGGGGCGGAAUUCAGAAGAUGUAGAAGGACUGCAACAAGAGCAUGAAAAACUCGAGGCCACAUCCAGGGUAAGAUAGGAGGGGUGGGUAAGUAGUAGUAGAGCGGUUAUCACUUGAGGGUGUCAAACGCGUGUGCUAAAUUUCACACGCCACUUUCUUAAUCAAUCAAAAGCCGGUUGUAGUUUUUUUUUUGAGGUGCUGCACAUUUUGUGACAAGCAAAUAUUCGAUAUACAAACCACACAUAACCCAGUCAGUGAAACGUUGUUAAGACAAGAACCACUGAAAGGAAAUACAAAGAUGUUUCCAUGCAAACUAGUUUUGCGUUUUUCUUCCUAUUAUUAGUGGAAUUCAGAGGCCUGAUCAAUACAGUGUUUAUCAAUAUCGAUUUUAAGACUCGACUCUUUUUUGGUCAUCAGUUUGGAGGCUUGACUCCCCCGUCUCCAUCUCUUCAAAUCCUUUGCACACAGAUAUUUCAGGCGUUUUGAAGUUGCUCGUAUCGCAGGCUCAGUGUUGUGUCAAAUUGCAUCUUGGGACUGUUUUUUGGAGGGGGACGCUAUUGCUUUUAUAGAUCUUAUUCACGAUGUCCGCCAUCUUUGCCCGCGCUUUAGGAUUGAUGGGAUAAAAACAAUGUCACAUGGUUCAUUAGCCUGCGCCACAGACGAAAUUAAACUCUGGUUAAAGGGGCUGUGUCACGGCAGUCCAGUUCAUUUUGUUUAAUUUUUCCAAUUACUCGCCCUCAAUAGCUAUGGAACUUAAAGUAAACAAAGAAAUUACAUGUAAAUGACAAAAUCAGAGAUCCGAGACAAACAAAUAUGUCUCCUGAGCGUUAUUUUUGAAGUUGCAAGCAGCAGGGAUCAACUUUGAAAAACUGUUAGGCUGAACAGUUUUCAAAAACACUAAUUUCAAUCCGUUUCAAUCUUCUUCAGUUUUGCCUAUACGUGGAAGCUGUUGUUUCUGUUAUGUUAUUUUAACCUUCCUUUAGCGUUUUAAGCGGUUAUUUUUAUGUUUCUCGUAAUUUAACGGGCCUUUUUUAAUUUCCUAAUUUGGCUGAAUUUCGUGACACAGCUCCUUCAAGUCCGUCUGCGAAACAGCGCUGAAAUCCUUGUUCUGGGCCCCCACCUGUGUACCAGGAUUUGAGUAUGCGCCGUGAUUGGCCUGUUUAAAAAGCCAUAGUCGAUGAAAGGAAAUUCGAAACGCCCUUCCGGUAAUCUGUUGAGUCCGUUGGCGCGCAGAACAAGGAUCUCUGCGCUGCUUCGAUUCGCAGACGUUACUUACCGUGGUUAAAUUACGUGUACGACGCAGGCGCUAGUGGUUCAUGUAUUUCGGGGAAAACAAGCGACAAAUUAGCCAAUACAAGAAAUCGUUGUCGAGUUUGUUUAUUCUCUCAAGAGUCUUCAAAGAGUACAGUUCGAGUUUCGGCAAGUUCUGUGUUAUUUCUUGCUGAGAGGACAUCUACGACAUCCACGGUCGCCACUGUAUCCAAAAAAGUGCCACUAUCACUUCCACCCAUAACUUGCCAUUUCUGUUGUCUAGAAUAAACAAACUCGAUCGUGAUUUCUUGUACUGGCAGACUUAAUCACUCGUUGGUCCCCUGAGAAAUCACGUGACUACGCUUUUAUCCCAUCAGCCCUUAAGCGCGUUCAAAGAUGGCGAGUAUCGUGAAUGAGGUCUAGUUGCUAUCACGACAUUGCGCAGGACAUUAAGUCAAAGUUCGUAUCUACAAAACAGUCCCAACUCCCACAAUGUAUACCGACCAAAUACCGACCAUGCGCAGCUUUCAAAUGAAUACAAGGCUCCAAUCUCUGGAUUGUUAUAAACGUAUUGAAAAAUUUUUUGCGCUGUGAUUUAUUACAGAGCACGUAUGAUUAUGGGCGACAGUUUCUUCAAGCUUCGUUAGUUCUUCGCCGAACAUGCCGCUAUGAACUUUCACCAAACUACGAAAUGGAGGAGAAAUUGAACAACGCGUGGAGUGACUUCUCAUCUGUCAUGGCAGAACGAGGCGCCAGGUUAUCUGUGGCGCUUAUGUUUCAUCGGAGCGCUGAAAAGGUG